AUGGAAAACAAUAACGCAACAUACGAAGUAUCUAUCCCAUCUCUUGCUCCGUUGGUAUCUUGGCAUCAAGAGAUCGAAGCACCUACUGCUAUCAAUCAGGGCGAUCCGAUUGCGACAAAUGACAUUGUGAGUGCCACCGCACAGUACAAGAUGCGCAAGUGGUUGCAAUCAAUGCAUCCAACACUUAGUCACUUCAAGCGAAGUCAUCGAAGCAAAGCGUCGAAAGCAUGUCGUGGAAUGAAUCAGCACAAUUUGACGGCCCGAGAAUUGGAUGGGACCAUGCCUCAAGAUGAAAACGCGUGGUUCCCUGCAACCCGCAAGUCGAACUCAUCAACGCUAGUCAUGUUGACAUGA